AUGAGUGACAUCCCGAUCGUGGAUUGGCAAGAUUAUAUUGAUGUCAGACAGCCUCAUCCAACACCACUCACGCGUGGUUACGAGUAUCUAAGUGACAUUCCCCCCCGCUACCGUCCCUGGUUCGAUAUCGGACCCGAUCUCGACGCCAGCCUCGACGCGGACGACAGCCGAUCGGAGGCAUCAAAUGACUCCCGCAAUGAUAGGGUUGCCGACGUUCUCGUGGAUCCCGAGUCAGGUUCCGGCGGCGAGGAAAAACCGGACCCGGCGCGGAUGCUCACUGUCAACACAGCCGAAGCGCUCCUCUGGCUAUAUCAAAAUGGGUACCUCAACGACAGGGCCGGCGACGGACGCCGAGAGCUUCAAUGCCCCGAAUGCAACACAUGGGUCCAGACGUGCCUGGCUCCCUCGGUCGACACGUUCUCUGCCCCGGAGCACCUACAUUCACUCGCCCAGCACAGAGGCAGCCGCAGCUGCCACUUCAAUCUUACAUAG